GGAUCAAUUUAUUUUAAUUAAUCGCAAUUUAUAUACCUUUCAAUUGUUGGCUUCUUCUUCUACAGUCUUGUGUACAUAUUUAUUUUAUAGUUAACUUUAUUCAACAUUUUUAUCAGUCAUGGGCGAUGUAAAGAAAAUAAAGAUCGGUAUAAUCGGGGGCUCAGGGUUCGACGACCCGACGCUGUUCGAGAACCAGGUAGAGAGGGCGGUGACCACACCGUUCGGUGACCCUUCGGACGUGCUGAUCGAGGGGCAGAUCAAGGGAGUGCCCUGUGUGCUGCUGGCCAGGCACGGGAGAAAGCAUCAGUUACAACCCAGUGACGUGAACUAUCGCGCCAACAUUUGGGCCCUGAAAGAGUCAGGCUGCAGCCACGUGCUGGCCACCACCGCCACCGGCUCGCUGGUAGAACACUUCCGUCCCGGAGACCUGGUGAUCUUGGACGAUUUCAUUGACAGAACUUGGGGUCGCAAUUGCACCUUCUUCGACCGCACCGAGGGGGGUCCGCGGGGGGUGUGCCACCUGCCCAUGCGGCCGGCGUACUGCGAGCGAGCGAGACAGGCGAUGAUCGCGGCCGCUAGAGCGAGAGGCUUCAACUGUCAUGACAGAGGCACUGCGGUAGUCAUACAGGGGCCAAGAUUCUCAAGCCGUGCUGAGAGCCUGAUGCACCGGCAGUGGGGCGGCCAUCUUGUCAACAUGACCACAGUUCCAGAGGUGGUGCUAGCGAAAGAAGCUGGACUAAGUUACGCUGCAGUUGCGCUUGUUACCGACUACGACUGUUGGAGGGAGAACGAAACAUCAGUGUCGGUGAGCGAGGUGCUGGCAAUGUUCGCUAAGAACGUGAAGAAAGCGGCCGAUGUGAUCGUGGACGCCGUGCAGAUCCUCGCCGCUGACUCCGAUACGAUAUAUCUCGACGAACAUAAGAAUCUGGUGGCAUCUUCGAUAAUGCUGAAAGAAUAAUAUUAAGGACAAUAUUUUUUUCUUAUUUUGUGUUAAAUAUACACAUUUGUAUGCAAUAUAAUUAUUGUUUUUCAAUAAAUAAAACAACAGUUCCGUA